AUGUACAUCCCCCGACCCCUCCUCUCCUCCGCCUAUGCCCACCUGAAAGCCCACGCGCACUCCACAAACCCGUCAAUUCUCCUCCUCUGCGCCCUGGACACUGAUUCCCUCUGCGCCGCACGCAUCCUCACGCAUCUCCUCAAGCAAGACUACGUACCUCACAAGAUACACCCGGUCGCCGGGUAUCAAGAGCUCGAGAAUGUUAACAAGACGCUUGUCAAGGGGAACGAAGAGCUGCGGUUUGUGAUUUGCUUGGGGUUGGGAGGGUUGGUUGACAUUGCCGCGUUUUUGGACUUGAGUGGUGGGAGGGGAGAAGAGGAAGAAGGGAGGAAGAGGAGGGUGGAGUGUUGGUUGGUGGAUGGGAGGAGGCCGUGGAAUUUGUAUAAUGUUUUUGGUGACGAGGGGCAGAAGGAGGUGGGAGGGGAAGGAGCGAAUGGGAAGGUUAAGGGUGGGAGAUAUGGUGUUGGUGAGGGGGUCGGCGGGGUAAAGUGCUUUGAUGAUGGGGAUAUUGAAGAGGAUUUGGAAGGGGAGGGCAUGGCGUUCCGGGCACUGGUGGAUAUGCCGGAGGUUGAUGAGGAUAGUGAUGAUAGCGACGAUGAUGAUGAUGAUGAUGAGGAGGAGGAGGGAGAGGAAGGGGGGGUUGAGAGUGAGGGGGGAAGAGAGGAUGAGAGCGAAGAUGGUGGGGUGCCGGUCCAGCCGAGGGUUGGGUCUGCAGUAGGAGCUGCCAGUGGGAGGAAGAGAAAGAGUUCUGAACAACCUGAUGAUGAUAGUGACCAUGAGGGAGAAUCGGAUGGAGAGAUACCGAGAGUUCGUCGGCGGAGGAGGACUGGGAGUGACCUGGUUUGUCUUCCACUGCUUAAUUGACUUUAGCUUGGUGGAUGCUUACACUUCACAUGUAGUCUUCCCGGGAAUCUUCACCAUUGAUUCACAGACAUACACUUCUUUCCUACCCUUCCUCCAAAGCACUCGCCUCCUCGCCCCCGCCCGCACGCUCACAUUCCCCGCCUUCUUCACCUUCACAGCGAUUGCCCCUUCCACCACCCGAGCGUCCUCCACCAUCCACAAAACUUCUUCGGAGAAAACUCCGUCGUCUGCGAGCAAAGCACGAGUCUACGGUUUCAAGUUACUACAUGCAGGGAACCUGGCACGGCGAGCCAAUAUCUGGUCUUCUUUACUCCCUAGCAUCCGAUCUUGGCCGUGAGGAUAAUGACCUUCUCUGGCUGGCCAUCGUGGGCAUCUCCUCCGGGGAGAUUAUCGGUCGGGGGGCAAUCUCUGGUCCACCAAGGAAAGCUGGAGGUCUCGGCUGGGUAAGCACUACUCGAGAAGACCAGAUCCGUGGAGUCCUCCGAGAUGAGGUCCGCAGAUUGAAUCCUCCGGAGGCCCCACACUCAGGCACCUCCAAUGCUUCAAGCAGCGGUAGUAACAGUUUACAGACCACCGCUCGAUCACCGUCUGAUACAGCCAUCAGGUUAUCACCGGAAUACAGGUUCAUGCUCAUCCGCCAUUGGUCAUUGUAUGACUCCAUGUUGCAUUCUUCCUUCUUGGGGACAAAAUUACAUAUCUGGUCAGAGUCCGGGAGGAAACGGCUGCACAAGUUGUUGGCAAAGAUGGGGUUUAGUCUUAGUCAGUGCAAACAAAGCUAUACGCACAUGGACAUGGACUUGAAGCGGAGUCUUCGCGAGAGGUUAGAGAAGUACGCCCCACUGUACGGCCUCGAAGGUGUCGUACGAGAGGGGUUUGUUAGGUGCUGGGGGUUUAGAGGGUGCCUUAGCGCAGUGGACGUAGCAUAUGUCGUAGGUGGACUUUUAGAAAUGGGACGAAGGGGUCAUAACAACGCCAACAAUUCAACAACUACACCAUCAUCAUCUGCUGGUAAAGCCCCAGAAGCACCGGUAGACCCUGAUCCAACCGAUGAAACCCGUAGAGAAGAAGCAAGAGAAUCCGAGAGUUGGAUAGCUAAUUUCUGGUCUGCUUAUGAUGCGCUCGAAGAGUACCCUCCCCCUCCUCCCUUCCCUUUCAUCUUGGCUGACAUUGGCUAGCAUCGAAGCUUUAAAAUCCGCCCUCCCAACAGCGAUGGAUUUGACCCGUGCAAUCCUACGAACCGGCACCGCAUUAAUUGAGAAGCGUCAAAUUCGUCUUCUACGCGCCUUCCGGCUUGCAGUCGUUAAGGAGGGUCCCGAUGUCUCAACAUUCACCCACCCCAGUGCAUUAUCAAAGUUGGCUCUAUGGCUUGGCGAAGCUAUUCUAGAGCAAGAAAAGGAGCUCAGGAAGAAGCAGCAUUUGCCUCUCGUCGUUGCGAGUCUCAACGAGCGGCGGGGUGUGUAUGUGGUUGUGGGCACUGCAUUGGGAAGCAGAGCUGGCGGUGCUAAAAAGAAGCCUGAGGGUGAAAAGCGGGGUAAGGGGAAGGAAAAGGAAACUGGAGGAGGCGGGGAGGAAGGGAAAGAAGAAGAGGAGGAGGAGAAGGAAGAGGAGGAGGAGGAAAAUGAGGAUUCUUCAGACGACGAAGAUGCGAUGCUGGAGCGCCGUUCCGGGCGGAAUAGAUUCGGAAUGGCAUUCCAGGAAGUAGCCAAUAGUACCAACGCGCGCAUCCGAAUCGACUCGUUCGAAGCUACGGUCGUGGAGGUUAGGAAAGAGGAUCUCGCUGGGUUUUUGGAGGGACUCAGUCUUAAGAGUGUUGUUGGGUGAACUUUCUACCUUAUUCUGGGCGAUAGCGGUAGUGAUGGUGUAUGGUGUGUGAUGAUUUGUUUUCUUUUUAUAUAUAUAUAUUUCUUUCCUUCUACGUAAAUUCGUUUUCAUAGUAUCAUACCUACCUGUGAUUAUCAUACAUGGAAUGGGGGUCUUUGUGGUGUGAUGGUGAGAAUUUCUCAGCUAGGGUUGUAUGGAUAGCCGGUUGUUUGGGAUGGGAUG